AAUUUCACCGGUUUCUAUUUCCACCUAACCACCACCAAUUCCUCCCCUUCUCCCUCCACAUUUGUCCGGUCAUCACCUUUCAACUUCCCUCGAAAAACCAGUUCACAAAUCCAAACCCUAAAACAAAAAAUUAGCAAUGGAUUCAAACCAACUCGUCAACUCACUCACCGCACACAUCUCUCUCUAUCACUCCUCCUCCUCCGCCCCUCACUCUCUCUCCUCAAACCCUAACCAUAGAUCCUCCAUCCUCAAAUGGUUCUCCUCUCUCUCCGUCCACCAACGCCAAUCCCACCUCGCCGUCGUCGACCCGAAAUUCGCCCAAAUUCUCCUCCAAAUGGAAACCAAGCUCCGAUCCAACGGUCACGGUGCGUUCAUAAUACUCCCAGACGUGACAGACGGAUUGUUAGGCCUUCCCAGCUUGUGUUACCGUAGGUCUCGUGGUUUGUUAGCUAGGGUAAGCGAGUCGAACGAGUCGGAACGGGCAAUUUAUGAGUCCAUUCGGUUGUUUGAUUCGAGAGAAGGAGAGAGGGCGGGGGAGUGUUCGUGCUCGGCGGGUUGUCUCGAUUCGGUUAUGGUGUGUGAGGAGUUUGUGGAGAACGUAGAUAGGUUUGCUGGUGUGAUGGACGGGUUGUCGAAUGGGGGUUUUUUGAGGGGGGAGGGAGGUGGGUUGGGGGAGGAAUGGGUCGAAUUGGAGUGGUUGAAGGAGAAAGGGUACUAUGGGAUUGAAGAGUUCAUGGCGAACCGGUUGGAGGUCGCGUUGAGGUUAUCGUGGUUGAAUUGUUGUAGUAAUGGGAAGAAGAGGGGUGUGAGAUUGAAAGAGAAAGCAAGCGCUGCAGGUGUGGCGGCGAAUGUGUAUUGGAGGAAGAAGGGUUGCGUGGACUGGUGGGAGAAGCUGGAUGCUUCAACUAGGAAGAACGUCUUUCGGGUCAUCUUGGGAAAAUCAGCUAAAUCUCUGACGGCUGAAAUCUUGAAGAUGACCAAAAAUAGCAGCUUGGAGGAUCAUAAAUGGCUCUUCAGUUCAGGAGCAGAUAGGUCGAUGAGGUUCAAGUCUACUAUGUUGCCACAAAGGACCAUUCCAACACUCCCAAGAACAGAUGGAGAAAUCUGCCCAUCUGUGAGGCCUGCUUCAAUUUCCGGAAAGCCUUCUUCGUUUGCCAAUAUGUUUUAUGGUUUGUCUGUUCUUCAGGAGAUUUCAAGUAUUUUAUUGGCAUGCCAGCAUGGUGAAUUCGCUAAAGAGAGAGUACUUUUUAGCUCAUUGCCUUUUGUCAGCACUGUUUCCGAUUGUAUAUUUAGGAAACUGCGAGGUCUCAUGAUGGUUGUUUCACUUGAUUGCACCAAACUAGAGCUGCUUGAAGAAGUAAAUUCUAACCUUCCCAUGAAGAAAUCCAAAGAGAAAAUUGGUGCAGCUAGCCGAAGGAAAAAAGGUAGGACUCGCAAUAUAAAAAGUGUAAAUCCUAUUCCUAGAUCCUCCGGAGAUGAUGCCAGAUUUGAUGAAGCCGUCAAGGAUCAAGGAUAUGAGUUUGGCCAUUCCAAGAAUAUUGGUUUUAUGGAGUUGAAUGGGUCAGUUCAGAAGAAGGUUCAAGAUGGAGAGAUUCCUUCUUCACCAGUUGACAUGGAACCUGUCAAAGAAUUGGUUAAGCGAAAUGUCCAAAUUGCUGCUAGGAAGAGUAGGAAAAAGAGCAAUGCAGUUAAGAAGUAUGGCUUAAAUGAUUCAAUUGAAGGUGGAAAUUCUCAAACUAGAGCCAUUAAAGUUUCCUCUCCUCCAGUUAUUUCUCAAUGUGAGGCUGCAAUGUUUGAGGAGGUACUUGAAAAUUCAAUUUCAACUGGUGAUGAAAAGCUUGUGCUGAGUUCAAGUCCUUGUACUGCUGGGUCAACUAUGGAGGAGAAGUUGGUCCAAAGAAAUGAAGAAGAUUAUAUUGUUGGUUCUUCUGAUGGGAGUAGUGCUGGUUUGAACCAUUGUCAGAACUCUGGUAGAGGGCAAGAUAAUCACUUGACUCCUUAUGGAUCAGCAGCUGUAAAUAAUAUUGCUGACUCCAACAUGAUACCUCCUCUUACGUCUGUGGUUGGACUUGAUGAUGAUCUCUGCAAAAAUGAUAGGGACUGUAGAAACUGUGGACAUUUAAGUGAAACAGACUCUAAGUCAGUCUUUUCUGGAGCGAGAGCCAAGGUUGUUGCACUAAAAGAAAAAACUACCCCAAUUCAGGAGCCAAUAAGUGGAAGCAUCUGUGAUACAGAGCCCGCAAAUUCUCCUGGAUGUCCAUCAUAUGAGUGGCCCAGUGUAGCUCCUGUGCCGUUUUCGUAUGUUAAUUCACAUCUCCCAGCCGCAACUGAUAGAUUGCAUCUGGAUGUUGGCCACAACUGGCAAAAUCAUUUUCACCAUCCCUUUGUACCAACAAUGCAUCAGGUGAGAAAUCCUCCAACUGAAAACGGGUGCAGUCGCAUUCUGUCUCGACCAAUGCAAAUGAGUUUAGACUGGCCACCAAUGGUACGCAAUGGCUGUGGAUUGGCCCCGCCAGUGACACGUAGUUAUGACUCUAGCCAUAUCUCAAGGCGGCAAUCUUCUUUUCAUCCGGGUUUCGCUGCUCAAAGCUAUCAAAACAGUGGUACAACCACUGAUGAUGAGAAGAUAUACUCGGGAGAUUUUGUGGAGUUAACUGAUACGACGAAUCCCCAUGAACUUACUGAUGAGCACGAUAAGCACUGGAUAUCUGAUGAUGAGUAUGAGGUGCGUGCAGUUACUGGAAUGGAUUAUAGCCAGUAUUUUGGUGGUGGUGUAAUGUAUUGGGAUCCUUCUGACCACCCGGGGACCAGUUUCUCUCGUCCUCCCUCUCUUAGUUCUGAUGAUAGUUCAUGGGCUUGGCGAGAUGCAGACAUGAAUAGGGCUGUUGAUGAUAUGGUUGCCUUCUCUUCAUCUUAUAGUACAAAUGGUUUGGCGUCGCCUUCUGCUGCUCCUUUUUGUGCUCCUUUUGAUCCUUUGGCACAAGGACACCAGGCUGUUAGUUACGUGAUACAAGGAAGUGAGGUAACUGGCAAGUUGCUGCACUCUUCGUCUAAAAUGGCAGAUGUGGUGACUGGUGAGAAUGUCUCUGCAUCUUUGUCCAGUUUGUCGGGUGAUGGUGAACCUAAGACAGGAGAUUCGCUUCCUUACCCCAUUCUGCGACCCAUUAUCAUUCCCAGUAUAUCACGCGAAAGAUCAAGGGAUUUUAAGCGUAGUCAUGAUAUUAAAAGCCCAUGUGUCCCUCCCAAUAGACGGGACCAACCUCGGAUCAAAAGACCACCUUCACCAGUGGUGCUUUGUGUUCCUCGUGCUCCUCGUCCACCUCCACCCUCUCCUGUGGGUGAUUGCAGAAAAAACAGGGGUUUUCCAACUGUGCGUUCUGGUAGCUCCAGCCCAAAGCACUGGGGUAUGAGAGGCUUGUUUCAUGAUAGCAUUAGCUUUGAAGAAGCUUGUGUUCGCAUGGAUGGUAUUGAAGUAUUUUGGCCUUCUUGGAAAACUAAAAGCCUGACAGCCCAUGCAAUGAUACAGCCCCCAGGGGCUCUGCUGCAGGAUCACCUCAUUGCACUCUCCCAGUUAACUCGUGAUCAGGAACAUCCAGAUGUUGCAUUUCCUCUACAACCUCCUGAGUCGCUGAACUGUGCUACACGCAACGCAUCUUUCUCUUCAAUGCACAGCCUCCUCCAUGAUGAAAUUGAGGCCUUCUGCAAGCAGGUUGCUGCAGAGAAUUUGAUGAGGAAACCUUACAUAAAUUGGGCUGUUAAGAGGGUUGCACGUUCUCUCCAAGUUUUAUGGCCCCGUUCUAGAACAAACAUAUAUGGUUCAUAUGCAACUGGGUUGUCCCUUCCAACAAGUGAUGUGGACCUUGUGGUUUGUCUCCCUCCAGUGAGAAACUUGGAACCCAUUAAAGAAGCUGGGAUUUUGGAGGGACGCAAUGGUAUCAAAGAAACAUGCCUCCAGCAUGCAGCCAGGUACCUUGCUAAUCAGGAGUGGGUUAAAAACGAUUCACUCAAGAUCGUGGAAAACACUGCUAUACCUAUCAUCAUGCUUGUUAUGGAAGUUCCUCAUGACCUUGUUACUCAUUCUACUUCCACGAUAUCGACGCUGAAAGAGGAACCAACUAAGGUGACUAGGGAAGGAGACGCUCCUUUUCAGACCAAUAUGGUUAAUUUGGAAAGCUCUACUUCAGUGAAGUGUUCUACUAUGAAUCAUGAUGAUGACAAGGAUAUGAAAUCAAUCCGUAUUGACAUCAGUUUCAAGUCUCCAUCACACACGGGUCUCCAAACUACUGAACUGGUUAAAGAGCUGACUGAGCAAUUCCCUGCUGCUACACCCCUUGCUUUGGUCCUGAAACAGUUUUUGGCUGAUCGUAGCCUGGACCAAUCCUAUUCAGGUGGCUUGAGUUCAUAUUGUCUGGUAUUACUCAUCACACGGUUUCUUCAGCAUGAGCAUCACCAUGGGCGGCUUAUUAAUCAAAACUUCGGAAGCCUUUUGAUGGAUUUUUUCUACUUCUUUGGAAAUGUCUUUGAUCCUCGGCAGAUGUGUAUUUCAGUACGGGGGAGUGGGGUGUACAUAAAUAGGGAAAGAGGCUACAGCAUCGAUCCCAUCUACAUUGAUGAUCCACUUUUUCCAACUAAUAACGUGGGCCGGAAUUGCUUCCGAAUACAUCAAUGCAUCAAGGCGUUUGCAGAUGCUUAUUCCAGUCUAGAGAAUGAGAUUGCAUGUCUUCUCAAUAACGGUGAAUCAAGUGCAAGGCCUGUAUACAAUCUGCUUCCAAAAAUUAUUCCAAGCAUCGGUCUUUUAUAGAAAUUUCAAUGAGCUGCAAAGUCUCUAUUUAUCCAAAAGCUCCAAUGGAUCUGCUUGUUGGUGUGCUAUGUGUGUCACGUGCUAGGGAGUGUGCUAAUUGCUAAAUGUGGAGAGCAUGAUGGCCAACUCAUUGGACCCCACAGGAGAGACAAACAAGCUGACAAACAAACUGGGCGCACAGAAAUAUCUUGUUCUCUUUCAUUUUCUUUGAGAAGAAAAAGAUGUUUGGGAGGAGGAAAAUCGGGGAGUCAAAGAUCGCUUUCCCCCAGAUGCAUGAACAGGAUGCUUCUGAUGUCUGGAUGACAAAAAGGGAAUGCAAUGGCUUUUUGCCGAGUUUGAUGUAAUUCAGAAUUGACCAAGUGUGCUUUGUCUCUAUCGUUUUCGUCCUCCCUGCUAGUAUGUCUGCCUUGUCUCGGAAAAUCAGAAGGUGCACCGAUGUUAGCCUCCAUUUAUGGAAAGCCAUCUUGUCGGUACGUACAUUCAGGAUGUACCAUUGUUUGUGACUGGAAUUUGUUUGCAGGUACAUUUCUUUCUUUCUGCAGUUCCAGAAUUAGUGUACACUUCUUAUCAGACAAGAAAUGAAUCACCACCAUCAUGCCACCACAGAAGCUUGGCCAAGCCUAUACGUGAUGCUAUGCUUAGCAGCUGAUUUUUCGAAAUGUUUGAUGUCAUCCAUGAUCCACAUCCGAUGAAGGUUCUUCCUAUUGAAAGUAGAUCAAGCUGAAGAUUUCAGGGGGCACCUUCUGCCUUGUGUAAAAAGUCUAGUUACGCUGUUUUGGCUACUUGGGAUGAAAUAAUGGUGCAUUUUCUGAGAUGGGGGGCGAAGAGUUCCUGCCAUACCCUGCUGUUUCUUUAUUGAAGUUUGUUUAUGGUUUUCGCCUGUCUUCUAUGACUGAUGGUUCUUUGAAAAAGUUUUGAUGAACUUGUGUGACAUUAUGAGUACAUAAUGGUAUUGCUCAUUACUUGUGAAA